CUUGAAACUGUCUCUGAUGGAAAGAAGCAAUGGCUGCUGCUUCUUUAGUGUAUCUUCAACUUCUAUUAUUUCAACUGUCUUUUUUGUUGUCAUCUUGAUCUUGGUUCGCGCCAUUCAUGUCAUAUAUCGUAGCGGAAAGCCCUUGAGCAAAAGAGCUUUAAAACCUGUUAGUACUCUUAUUAUUUUAGGAUCAGGUGGUCAUACUGCCGAGAUGCUUAAUCUGUUGACAGUGUUAGAGAAAGAUAGGUUUAUAUUGCCUGAAGUCCAGUUUGGAUGUGAGCAGAGUUAGACGUGACUGACGAUUAUAUACGCAGCUAUUUAUGAU